AUGUAUUCUUCAAGCAACACCGACAACCCUCUUCCCUACACCGACCAAACAUUGUUUCGACAUUGUUCAACAUAUGAUCAAAACCCUAAUUUUAGAAAUGAAGAUCCUCCAUAUUUAUUGUACUUCCCUUCACCAUUUUUGGAUGAAAAUGACUUGAUCUUUUCUCACACACCUCCUCCACAUCUUAUGGCUGUUCAAGGUGGUCUUAUUGAGACCGAGACUGAGACCGCCAUGGGUAUCGGAAAAACUAACACGGCCACCAUUAAGAAAGCUGAAGUGAUUCCAAAGAAGAGCAGUAUUGAUGCAGCACCGCCAAAGAGAUCGGGGAAGAAAGACAGGCACAGCAAAAUUUACACUGCUCAAGGUCUAAGAGAUAGGAGGAUGAGAUUAUCCCUUCCAAUUGCCCGAGAAUUCUUCGACCUCCAAGACAUGUUAGGCUUCGACAAGGCCAGUAAAACGAUCGAGUGGCUGUUCAUGAAAUCAAAGACAUCCAUUAAAGAAAUCAUCAAAAACCUCCCACAAAUGAAUAACUGUAGCAGAUGUGAAGGGAAGAGUGAGUCUCCCAUGUCUGAAUGCGUAGUAGCAUCAAGGAUGGAAGAGACUGCUGUGGAUGGAGAGAGAAAGGGGUUAUCAGCAACAGUUGAAACCUUGGUGGGUGUACAAAAUAAAAGAAAAUCAAGAAAAGGAGCACAUAAUCCUCUUGCAAGGGAGUCCAGGGACAAGGCAAGAGCAAGGGCAAGAGAGAGAACAAGAGAGAGAAAAAUGAUCAGUAGCCUGGGAAACUCAAAACAGUGGUAUGAGCCAAACCCUGAUUCUAAUUUGGAGCAAUUAGGGUCCUCCAAUGCCUUUGAAACUGGGGAAGAAACAAGUUCUCACUGUCAAGAAAAAAGUUCUUCCCUUGAAGCCAAUUCUCAUUCUGAUUCACUUGAACAUCAAUUGGCUAAUGUGGCUAUCAUUGAAAAUCCUUUUGGCACAGCAAGCAAGACGUCUCGUUCGGUAUUCGAUUAUGAUCAGAACUAUAAUUCUAUAUCUUCAAGUGGGAUUGAUUCUGAUAACCACUUCUUGGGUUUUCCUGGAAACUGGAACAUCAACAAUGCUAGACUCAACUCCAAUCACUAUGCAAUGACAAAUGUUGAUCCGGAAGGUAAUCUUUCUUCGAUAUUCAUGGCCACCUCAAAUUCUCAUUGUCAGCCUCGAUACUAA